GCUUUCACUCAGUUCGCGAUUAAUUACGAACGCGAUUGUGUUCACUCGCUGCUAUUUGCUCAACUGUUUCGAGUACUGAAAGAUAAAGAAACAGUUAAAGUACAGCGCUACACGACGUUCAUAUCUUAUCGCAACCACUCUAUUGAUCACUCACCAUAUAUCGCGAACGGCCUGCCUUAUACGGACGACUGGACCACCUUUAUUCUCCAAUUUAAAGUGUAGACGUCUUUUGUAAGAACGAUGGUACCGGUGAAGUCAUAAUGUGUGACAUACAAAAAUAGAAAUACAGUGUUUGCAGGAAAAUAGUAUUAAAUACACAAGUGUUGCGGUUUGUAAUCGAACGGGUAAAUGGAAACUAAAUCGCCUACAACAAGUGUGAACUCGCGGGAAAUCAUCGGAGUCGAUCAGUUCGCACAGCGUCGAGAGGUGUUCGGCAAGUACGAAACUGUGUUUCUUCCUCAACUAUUGGACACAACCGCCAUGCCGGUCUACAAGGAGGUGGAACCCAUCAUCACCUCCAACCCCACCAUGACCGCGUCUAAUUUCAAACGCAACGCCUCAGGCUACUCCAGCAUGCGUGAGUCAAGAGAUGACUAUAAUUUAGAAUUCAGAACCCGAAAAUAUUCCGACAAUUUCACUUCGGAGUUAAAUCAGAGUGGCGACAUGGAUUAUAGACACAGUAUGACAGAGAGGACCCGUCGUCUGUCCAAAUUGAGAAGAGAUUUCUUAAAUUCCAACUUGCAUGAGCCAACCACGCCCAGUCCUUUUGCGCGAACUGGAGUACGCUCCUCGAUGCCGGCAACAAGUGUGACUGCAAUGAAGUACAAGAUUGAAAGUCCUAACUUAUAUAAAUUUCCAUUCGCUGAACCUUAUUCAACACCACCACCAAUACGCCGAGUUGUUGUCGAUUUAGGGCCAGCUCAAGUAAACGGUGAAAAAGAAAAUCAAAACCCAGAAGCCAAAGCGAAAUCUAGGCACCAAAGCUUACCUCACGACAUAUCGCCAAAAAUUGACCAUCAGAGAUUAUUUGAAGAAUUAGUGAAACGUUAUUCACCGCAACGCAAGCCCAUAAAUUGGAACUUGCCGCCGACCAGGCCUAGAAUCGUGGGAUCAGUUCCUAAAUCAACAACUAGUAUGGCAGACAGUGUGGAUAGUGCCGACAAAAAGCUUUUAGAUGACACUUUUAACAAAUUUGGAGAUGAUGAUGUAUUCAUUAAAAAGGAACAUAACAUGCAAACCAUCAAAGAUUUAGAUGAAAAUGUUGCGGAGAGCAAACAAACUCCUAACGAUGAACAAGAAAAAAGGACCGAAAUAAAACAAACCAGCCUUCACAACGAUUUUCUUGUCGCUAAUAUGAAAAAAGAAUCAAACAAGGCAGAGUUAGACGAAAAUAAUGAGAUGCCGGCGGACUCGUCGACUGUCCUAAAGCCAGAAGAAGAUAAUGAAAGGCGAUCUAAAUACGAAGAUUUAGAUGAAGAGAUUGCAAAGAGCAAGCACACUUCUAAUGAUGAACAAGAAAAAACAGAAGUAAUGCAGACCAAUCAUCAGAACACCGUUCUAGAAACAAAUAAGAAAGAAGAUACAAACAAGGCAGAGUUAGAAGAAAAGAUUGAUCAGGUACCGGAAAUGUCGACUAUCCCAAAACGAGAAGAGGAUGGUAAACCUUUGGAUAAGUUCACUGAUAUAACAAUUCCAGCAUUGUUAGAAAAAAUGACCGAGGAAGCCGAAGGAAGCCAAAGGAAGGAAAAUAAAAAAGUGAAGAGAAAGAGGAGUUUCCUGGAUAAGCUUCUGGGUCGUAAAAAAGGCAAAUAGUUUUAUUAAUUUAUGGAUUAGGUGCGAUUAGUGAUUUUGCAUUGUAUUUUUACAGCACUGCUGCAAACGCCAAAGAUGAUCAAGGUUGUUUUGUCGUAAUCAUGACGUCAGUAACUUUAAUCUUUUGAUACGAGUAACUAUAGAUAACAGUGAAUUAAAAGUAUUUUGUAAUUAUAUGUAUUAUACAAAAAUAUUUUUAUAUUUAUGGAAAUAAUAAUUAAGGCCAGACUUCCUCUAUUUUUUAUCUUAAUGCAAUGGUUGGGUUAUCACUAGCUGAUAAACGUAAGUGCCAUGUGACACUCCCUAUCAGCCCAAUUCCAAGCACAUAUUGCUAUGAGCCAAAAUGGAGGAUCACAAUUCUAUAUUCUUACUAAUUCAAAUAAUACAACAAUGGUAGUGGAUAAGGGAACUAAUAAAAUGUUU